AAAGGGGGGAGGUAAGUAGUUAUUUAGGGGGAAGAAAGAAAGAAACAAAGUUGUCGACCGUGCAGUGCACCCGGGGAGGGAUUUUAUUUGUCUCGAGCCACUACUCGUUUAGCCCAGCACCGGUCUGUUGGGAUGUAACGGCGCACCGGUUUCCCCCGUUUCUUUCUGUCUCUCUCUCUCUCUCUUCAAACUUCUCCGCUGCUGUUCCGCGGAGUCCCGGACAGGAUUCCUCCUCUGAAAACUGGGGAUGAUAAAAGCAGCCGAGCACAGGCGGAUGGACGGACGUGCUGAAGUCUAGCGAGUGCCAUAUGUGUGUGUUUUCUGCUGCCCGAGUUAAACUACCGUGUUAUUACACAUUGUGUCCUGGGAUGAAUGGCAGAAGUCGGCUAUCUGAGCAGAAACGGAUUUAUGUUCGUGUCUAACACUGGGACCCACAUGAAGCGGAGAUCCCGCUGAACCCCUCUCCGCUGUGUGUUGGUUAAAAAAGAAAAUUCAAACGGAGAGAGGCACCCCCCACACCGCACUGGAUAACCGAGCUAUCACACCGACUUUACUAAAGCGUAUUUCAGACAUUUUAAACACUAGAGAAGAUGCAGAUGUGGAGCCGCAUGAGGGUCCACAAAGGAGGCCCUCCACGACCAUAGGUCACGCCGAAAUAUCCUGGAUGUGUGUUUCUCCUACUUCCUGGCUGGAUUGAUUUAUUAGUAUUUGUCUAAUAAUCCAAUGGAUUCUUCCUCAACACAGCUUACCUGUGGGAUCUCCACAUGAAGGCAAACCAGAUGACUCAGAGGACUUUAGUCAUGUAACCACCCUGAAAUGUCUUAAAAGGUCUUAUUUAUCUGUUUUGUAUUUAUUGUGUGUGUGUGUGUGUGUGUGUGUGUGUGUAUGUAUGUGUGUAUAAAUAUAUAUAAGCUUUUUUUAAAGCUUUGUGCUGGUUUCAAGGCCAGUUUUUAAUAUCUUUAGUAAGAGUUUGAAAGCUGCCGUAGUGAAAACUGUAGAUGUACUUGAACAUCUUUGUUCUGCUGCAUAUCUACCCACACUGUAUUUGAGCACAUUGAUCUGUAACUUAAAGGGGGAACUGUAGGACCUGACUUUGCCUAGACAGGUAAAAACACGAGACGGCUUCACCAUGGACAGGCCGAUAAGUAAGUUAUUGGAGAAGUUAAAGCUAACCGACUCGGGCAGUGUGAAAUUCAACAGUUCAAAGAAGAAACACGACUCUGCCAACAACUCUAAUAACAGCAACGCCAACACUGGCAUCUCCGGAGGCAGCGGUGGGGGCAGCGGUCUGCCACCAGCUCCCAGCUCUGCAGCUGCCUCGCCCUCAAGGCCCAGCCAGUUCUCGCUUGUCUCUGCAACCACAAGUGAUGCAUGUGUUCCAGCGAGUGGGAGAGGAGGAGGAGGAGGGAUGGGAAUGCCUCCCUCUCAGCUCCUCACCCCAUCGCCCUCUUCCUCCACGGUGGGCGCCAUACCUCCAGAUGGCGAGCAACCACUUCACCCUUCCACCUUGGCACCACUGAGGCGUCGUUCCUCCCAGCAGCGAGCUUCUUGUUACCUGGGUGAAGGCGUGGAUUCCCACCUGAGACGAGAGUCUGGCCUGGGCCCCGAGUGUGACCCGCUGGGGACGUUUGGCUCCAAGGCAGCCCUCAAUCAACGUCGCUACUCUCUGGAGCUCCAGCAGCUGGUCAGACGGCAGCAGCUCCUCUCUCAGCCUCCGCCUCUCUCUGUUCCCCCGCCGUACCCUGCCACGGCGGGUUACGGGUCAGCUCCCAGAGGUGGUGGAGGUGGCGUGGCGGAGCCUGGCUACCUCUCCGAGCCUGAGAGGCACAAACGCCUCUCCCUCCAGGAGGCUCUGUUUUACAAACGCCUGAGCACGGGCAGUGAACUGUGGGAGAGCACCAGGCCCGCAUCCCUCUCUCAUCCACCACACCGCACAUCUGAUGUGCCCGGAGGAGGAAGCUUCUUUUAUUCCCAAGGACCAACCCUGAGCCCGUGCUCGUCAUUCAGCCUCCAGGAGUCGGUGCUGGUCAGCCCCAGGUCCAGCUUUGCCUCCAGCACGGCCAGCGGUGGCGGUGGAGGGAGUCCCAUGGAGAGCCGCUGCAGCAGCAACCGGACCAGUGGCAUCAGCCUGGGCUACGACUCUCGCUACUCCACCUCUGGAGGCUUCCCUCCACAGCACCAGUCCUCCUCCAUGCAGACAGGGGGCUCUGUGGCUGGUUAUGGAGCUCCAGGCAGGCCCGGGGUAACCCCUGUGGAGGCCUGGACUCAAUACCUGGACGGAGGGAUGCGUCCAGGGGCCCACGAUAGCCGACAUUCCUACCCACCUGCUGUUGGAAGUCCAGGAGCAGCGUGCUACCAGGCUGGCCCAGAGUGGUGGGUAGAGCAGCAGACAGGGGUGAGAGGCAAAGAGGGGGGUGUAAUGGGAGACAGGGGCCGAUACUCAGACCUGCCUGGCACACGGUACCAGGAAGAGCUCACCCGACUUCUACUGAGAGACGCAGCGCUGGAAGGUGAUGGGCUCCUGGAGGGCCUGAUGCUGAGGGAGUCUCUGGCCCUGACUGCUCUUUCCAAACCGAACACGGCAACACUGGGGCCUUGCUCAGCCGGAGGGCCAGUCAAACCUCAGGAGGAUCCAGGGAGGGAGGUCGUGGAGAACCGGCAGGAGUACUUUGGAACCUGCGUGAAGUGUGGGAAAGGCGUGUACGGGGUGGAUAAUGCCUGCCAGGCUCUGGACAGCCUCUAUCACACACGCUGCUUCACCUGCGUGUCCUGUGGACGCACCCUGAGAAACAAGGACUUCUACAAUGUCAGUGGCUCUGUGUACUGUAAAGAGGAUUACAUGUUUUCAGGAUUCCAGGCUGCCGCUGAGAAGUGUAGCGUGUGUGGCCACCUUAUUCUCGAACAGAUCCUGCAGGCUCUUGGGAACUCGUACCACCCGGGCUGUUUCCGCUGCGUGGAGUGCUCCAAGGCUCUGGAUGGGGUGCCUUUCACCGUGGACCACCACAGCAACAUCUACUGUGUGGCAGACUACAACAAGGCGUUUGCCCCGAGGUGCGCUGCCUGUUCACAACCCAUCUUGCCUACUGAGGGGAGUGAAGAGGUCCUCAGGGUCGUGUCUAUGAACAAGGACUAUCACUUUGAGUGCUACCACUGUGAGGAGUGUGGUAAGCAGCUCUCUGAUAAGCCUGGCUCGCAGUGCUUCCCUCUGGACUCUCAUCUCCUCUGCCACUCCUGUCACAUGAGCAGAGUGUGCGCCACACACAGCGCUUCCCCUCACAACACACACUGAUCGGCGCCUGUGCAGCUGGGACGUUUGGAAAAUGCUGGUCUUGAUGUGCUGUCGUUCUCUCGUGUGCUUUUUUGCUCUUUUGUCGUCCAGAUGAAACUGCUGAUGUUCAGACUUUUCCACCGAUUCACUUUCUUUGACUCCCAUCAGUCCCUUUUUUCCCCACAUGUACUGCCUGCUGUACUACUUGGACCAUUACUGUACCAUAGUUAUAAAGGGAACGGGAAAGAAACUACUGCUUUUUUUUUACCCCAAUGUGGCUACUGUUUGCUGUAGAAGAACAAGGAUUCAAGGAUCAUGUUGAACUGUUUUGUACAUAUAUUAUCGCUAGCAAACAUUUUGCACUUAAAUUUGACUUUACUGUAAGAGAUGUAACGUGAAUCUGUACAAUUUGGGGUAAAAAACAUUACUGUAUUUUCUGUAUGUUAAUAAAUAUUUUCAUUUGUG